UUUCAAGUUGCUUUAGGAUAUCGAUGAGUCAAAAAGUGAUUGAACAUUUUCGUCUUCGGUUUCAAGGUGGGUAAUUCGGCCAAUUUUGUCAUGUUUAGUAACAUUUAAGUGCCUCCUAAAGUGACAUUUUCUGAGCUUAUUCGAUGAAAGAUGAAAAUCCAUCUUUCUGGCUAGGGAAAAUCUUGAAAAAGUUGAACAAGAGUAGUGAGCUGUCUACUAGGCAUGGGUUCGUCUUCCUUGGAAGUAGCAAUUUCAUACAAAUUGAGUCAGCUCGCUUGCUUUCUGAUGGCUGAAACAUCUCAUGAGCAAAGCGAGUAAUCCACCAACAACAGAAACAAAAACAACAACAACCCUGCAGUCAGCAUAGGCCAUGGAUGGAUUUGUAUUUAUUUCACAGCAGAGUGAAGUGUAGUUGACUGCUGAAGCUAAUUUUCUGAACGUGAACGACUGGAUUCGAGGUGAAUUUGUGUUCCCCAAAGUGCGAUAACAUACCUAAUACAAGUGUGGUUCCAUGGGAUGUUUCAAUAUUUCGAGUUUUGUUGGAUAUGUGUUGAGGGUAAAGAUAGUAUACAGCCAAGUUUUAGUGCAAGAGUAAUCAGGUGAAGAAUCAAUCUUCUAAAUGAACCAGCAAGGAGCAGUGAUUUCCGGAAGAUAAGGUUGAAAUUUUUGGCCAAUCUGUGACGAGACUGUUCCAAUCGGAAUACUAAUGAAUGGAUGGAUUAUCUUUGAAGUGGAGCAGCUUAAUCGUGAGCGAUAUAAAAGAUUCAUUCUACGUGACUAAGAUAACCCGUGCAAGAAUUCCAAGAUGCUAGAACCUCGAAGAUAGCAUUCCAGAAACCCAACGAACUGGACGCAAACCUCAGUGCCCCACAGAUAGUCAGGAACCGGUAGACACCUCGCCAGCAGCAAAGUAACUGAAAUGCGUGCCAAGGCAGUCGUUCAGGACGAGAUGCGCAAAUCGAUUGCAGCCGAAUCGGAUGACGAUGCAACGCGCUCGUCAACGGGUGGUGGCUCUAGUGCUGCAACGACAACGGCCAACCAGCAGCACCAACAACAGCACCAGCGCCAGUUGGAUCUCAGCCUUCUGCGCAAGCCAAUCUUCACCGCCAUCACGGGCUUCCUGGAGGCGCACAAGGCUUACGAGGCCGGCACCGACGAGAUCCGGAAGCUGCUGACCAGCGAAUGUGACAUCCUUUACGAGUGCCGAGUUUGUAGGAAUAUCUUCCGAAGUCUCACCAACUUCAUAUCCCACAAACGGGUCUACUGCAGGAAGCUGUUCAAUGCGGCGCAACACUUCCACUUCCAAAACGAUGGCUUCCUGGAUCAAGAUCUGUCCACGAUACUGCAGGCGGAGCAAGACAGUCAACGCAAGGCCAAGAAGGUGCAUGUAGACAUUCUGAACAAGGAUUUGUCCAGUAUUAUAGAGCGGUUGCGGAGGAAGCAGCACAAAGUUAGCGAAGAGCUGAGUGCAACCGAAUUCUACAACCGAGCAAACCACAAAAUCACUCAGGAUGAUCUCAACCGGCAGCAGCACGUGCUGCAGUUGGAUCGGGUUCCCAGUUCGCAGGCUGCCGUUUAUCAGACGAUUCGUGCCUCGCAAAAUAUGCGAACGGAGCUGCACGAGCUCAACAGCAUGACAACGGUGCGGAAUGCCGUUCUCGAUCGAGAUGGACUCGUACAAAAAACCACACCUCAGACAAAAUCAUCAAAAAAUACUCUGCCGGUUAUUUGCGACCCCUCCAAUCGGUACUUCAAGCCAAUAGACGAAACCAAGGACAGUAUUCCACCAACGACCAACAACAACAACAACAACCCACAACAACAAAUCCAUAGCUGUGAUGACUGUAAUCUCCAAUUCGACACAGAGAAAACGCUUAAAGUGCACGUGGAGAUGAAACAUACCCCCUCGACCUACGUCUACAGCUGCCCCUACUGUUCCCGGACGUUUAUGCAGCCGGCCUCGGUGAUACGGCACCUCAGUAACGAUCACAAAAAAUCCUUACGGCGAAUAAAAAUGAUCCGCGAUUCGAUCCUCAAGAAGCGGAUCCGUGCCGACGAAGUGGUGGUCAAGGGAUCCUCGAAAGACGGGUCCUCAGGGACAAACUCCACCGCCAACAGUGGUCGGACGUCUACGACGGAUGCCAACGCACCGGAAGAACGGGACGAAGCUGCAGCGAUGCGAGCGUGGAUGGAAAACCUGGGUCACUCGGUUGAAGGUCCCAUGUGCUCGCACUGUGGGAAAACUUUCGAACGGAAGGCUGUUUUGACGACACACAUGCAAACGUGUGCUCAGAAGACGAAACUCUCGGAAGGUGCUGCUGCAACAACUACAACGGCACCUUCCGGUAGACGGAGUAAGGUUAAGGAAGAAGUGAAAAUCAAACAGGAACCUCAGGAGGUGGCAAACAGUGAUGAUUCUAAUUCUUAUGACGUUCCGCUGGCAGCUUUACAGGCGCGGAUCAAUCAGGACGGGGUAGCUUUGGUGAAUGGGGCCGUUACGGUGAAGCCGGAAGAAUUGAUAGCUUUACAGGAGAGCGAGUCGUGCAGUAGACGGAAGCGGAAAAAGCCUUUAAUUAUGUUAAGGAAUGCGACGGACGAUAUCAGCUGGGAGAUUGAAGACUGUGCGGUGACGGAUGAGAAUGUGAAAAAUUUAUCGAAUGUACAAAUCAAGAAGGAAAUCAUUGAAGAGUCUGAAAGUGCGGAUCUAUCGGCAGCGCAGGGCAAAAAAGGACCACGUGCUCGGAAGAGUAGAAAAGCUGAUGAAUCGACUGAAAACGUGGAAAAAAGUGUGAGUGAACGACGAGACGCGGCGGCUGACGAAAUAGUGUGUCGAUGUUCUAAAAAAUUCAGUGGUCUUGAAACGUACAAAAGGCAUCUACGGUUGACUCACAUCCGGCAGAGACGGUUUUGGUGCGCGGUUUGCGAAUUCAAAGGCUAUCGCAAAUCGGACACUGUAAACCACUUGAUUCAGGAACAUGGUUACAAAGGUGGUCCAGAAGAUGCUAGCUCUCUCAUAAAUGUGCAACCGGUGGAAAAGUUUCAGUGUGGACCUAUCGAUAACACUGACGAAGCGAUCAAAUCGAUUAUCGAGGCUGUGAGUCGAAAUGGCACCUCGGACCAAACGGAGCCCAGCAUCCUAGAGACGUCUGGGGACAAAUCAUAUCUGAGUAGUAGUUCUGUUCCGAAAAACGCUUCCGAAACUACACCAGAAGCUAGUCUUCGUGUGCCAACACCCGAACCUGGAUCCCCGAAAAAGCGGGGCCGACCCAGAGGAUUGCGGGAUUCAAUCUGUUCCCUUACACCACCGGAAGAGCUUUGUAAAAAGAGCAAGCCAAGCGAUUGUGAUGACGAAAACCUGAAUGCUACCUCGAAGCGACCCAUUCGUAAUCGGGUAAAGCCCGUUGACAAAGACUUCGUCUACGACCUAACAGAUCUGUUGAAUAAGGACGAAGAUCUAGACGAUUUUGCUCUGCCGGCCUUAGUUCUGGACAAACCAAUUCCGGAACUGCUUCCUGUUACAACUAAACUUGUCAAACCUAUCGAAUCUAGUCGAGUUCAAACUACCCAAGCCGUAACUUCCGAAAAACGGGAAACCAAAAAGGAAUCCCUUCGUUCCCAUGCGGCUAAAAUUAAAACCCUUUUACCGCCGGAGCUAGUAAAAGGGGCUGCCUACGCGAUGGCCAAACGGAAAGUCGAACAUGGCCUGGCGUCCUUCCACCGCCUUCCCGAUUACUCUCAAGAGCGAUCACCCCACAAAUGGCACCUCCCCCUGAAACGUCGAAUAACCACCAUUCACGACUGGCCAGUUGUCAAAAAAGAGCGCAAAUUCGGUUCCAUCACUAAACCCACGGCCGACAUUCAGCUCAAGCGCAAGUAUACGAAACGUGCCUCCACACUCAUCGACAAUGAUCUUCUAUCAGGCCUCACAAACAAAGAUCAACGGCGAGCCAUUCCCCGGAGAAAUAGUGUCGGAGCUUUACCGCGGAUGCGCCUUUCGGUUUCUUCGGAAAUUCUGAGCCGACUCAAACAUCCGGUAGCGGCCAAUGUUGUGCCAACUCCUACCAGUAGUAGUAGUAGUAGUAUUGGAGAAUCCCACAAUCUAGAUUUCCGGCAGUUUAUCGAGGCCCACCUGAAGGACCACCGUGCUGCCAUGGAUCAGGUUAAUCUCAACGGGACGACUGCGGAAGAUUUGAGUGAGCUCAAAGCGGAACCUAAGAAGAGGAUCACGAUGAUGCAGCGAUUGGAGGAGAACCGGAACAAACGAUUGCAGGAACAAAAUGGUCCAAUGCCUUCCACAUCAAAGACUCCAACAGCAGGACCAUCUCAGAUGGCUUCCGCUCCUUCAACGUCAACUCAUCAACCGAGCCCUAGUUCCAGCACUGCUCCUCGCAUGAACGUGGCCGACAUGUUGCACGCAAAACUGAAAAAAUUCUCAUCCUUCUAAAGCGGACAGCAGACAGAUGAACGGGGACGACAUGUUCCAUGUGCUUAAAACUAAUUUUCCCUGUCCGUUGGAUAUUUUCUUUCCAAAAAAGUGUCGAAUGUGUACUUUAGAGUAGUCCAAAUACAUUCGUACGUAUAAAAAUGAUUUAUAAUUCGGAUCGAAUAGUUUUUUGUUGCUGUAGAAGUUACGUUUCGAAUUUUUAUUUAAAUUUUCUUCAAACAUUUGGUUUUCGAUUAAUUUUUUUUUUUUUUUUGGAAAGGCACAUUUAGUUCUUUUAUGUCGACUUCUAAUUCUACUACCUGCUUCAGAUUUGAGUAGGCAUUUAUGACGGUUUUAGAGCAUAGUUAUGGUGUGUAUAGUUUAAUCCACCUUCGUUACCUUCGUUUUAGUUUUGUGCGUAUUAGUUCAAAUAGUAGGUAGUUUAUGUAUUGUAGGGUUUUUCUUCUCUCUCGGAGAAUGAAACAAAAAUAACGUUAUCUAUUCUAAAGCACUACCCCUACAAGUAUGUAGUUAGUUGAUAGAGUUUAGUUCUAAUUUCUUAUUUGUGAUUGACCACAAGUUGUUCUUAAAAUAAAAACAAAAUAUCGCGUAGUGUAGAUACAGACAAAUAAGUAACAAAAAACGGUAAUCUAAUAAUACACAAAAGGGAAGUGAAAUCUAGUUAAAAGAUGAAAGCCUGAGUGCGAAAGUUCGCAUCGUAAUACAAUUUAGAAAGUAGGUACUAUAUGUUUGUGUAUUUAACAAAAGAAAAUAAAACAGUGUACCGGAAAAGACGAUUUACAAA